GCUGGAUGAUGGGUAUGAGGCUAGAUCAUGGGCGAAGUUGUGUGUCUUGGGGCCACUAUACCGAAGCGUAACGAAGGAAGGAAGCAGUCGAGCCCUUUGUCUCUUUGGAGCCGAACAGUAUGUGAAGAAAAGAUCCCGUUAGGCCUUUUCGGGCUGGAUGCAUUUUGUCAACCUCACAAGUUGACAUGAGCCGAAGUCAGCGUGCCCUUUCGUCUUAUCAGGAAUGCAUGUCAGUCACCAGGGGGGCUCGAUAAGGACGUUGAAGCGACAUGGGAUGAAGAUGCGGUCAUCCUUACGCUCACUAUUGCUUACAGGUGACUUCUUUGUUGGAUCUGCUGGUGGAAGGCCUAAAAGUCCCCCCGAGCUGACGAAGUUUUGGUUCUUUGUUGCAUUCAAGCGUGGACCCCUCCCUGCCUCCGGGCUGGGUCUCGGGAGCUUGGGCCCGGAGAACUUGGCCGCCGUGGUGGGCCAAUGUGCACGAACGCUUAGUGCAUGAGAAACAGUCUCCUCUUACGUUCACCUUCAGGAUGAUGGAGACGAAUUAACCAUGACUAAAUUCUCGUCUUCUCACCACGAUUCUGGAAUACCCGAAACAUCUUCCUGCGCUUUUAUGGUGAAUAAUGGCGGACAUAUCUAUCUGCAGAGCGGGAGUCAAGGGAG